UGCCAAGGAGCCAGCAACAAGCUCACGCAGCUCUCAGGUGUGGAUGAACACUAUAACCUCCUAAGAAGAAUGUAUGAAGACUGUGAGGUGGUGCUUGGCAAUUUGGAGAUCACCUAUGUGGGACCCAAUUACAAUAUCAGUUUCUUGAAGACCAUAAAAGAGGUGGGCGGUUAUGUGCUUAUAGCAAUGAACACAGUGGAAAGUAUUCCCUUGGAGAACCUCCAGAUAAUCCGAGGAAACAACCUUUUUGAAAAUGCAGCACUGGCAGUUUUAAUAAAUUAUGACAUUUCAGGAGGACUCCGAGAGCUACCAUUGAGAAGUUUAGCAGAAAUUUUAAAUGGAGGAGUGAAAUUCAGGAAUAACCCUUAUCUCUGCAACAUGAAUAAUGUUCUGUGGGAUGACAUUUUUGAUAAAAAUAAUCAGAAACAGUUUGCUCUGUUUGAGGAUAGUGGAAGAAGGGAGUCACGGUCAAGAGCUGCAAAUAAAAUGUGCCCCCAAUGUCAUCCCAAUUGCACAAGAGGACAUUGCUGGGGCUCUGGCAUAGAGAACUGCCAAACAUUUACGAAGGUUGACUGUGCAGCGCAGUGUUCAGGCCGGUGCAAGGGGCGGUUACCAAGUGACUGUUGUCAUACCCAGUGUGCAGCGGGAUGUACAGGUCCUAAAGAGAGUGAUUGCUUGGCAUGUCGCAGGUUUCGAGACGAUGCAACUUGCAAGGAGGCUUGUCCAUUACUGCACAUGUAUAACCCGAUCACCUAUCAAUUAGAAGAUAACCCAGCUGGGAAAUACAGUUUUGGAGCAACCUGCGUAAAGAAAUGCCCACAUAAUUACGUGGUAACAGACCAUGGCUCCUGUGUCCGGUCAUGUGGUCCAGACUCGAGCGAGGUAGAACAAAAUGGCAUUCGAAAAUGUAAAAGAUGUGAUGGCCCAUGCAGUAAAGUGUGUGGCGGUAUUGGAAUAGGUGAAUUAAAAGGUGUUAUCGCUGUCAAUGCAUCCAAUAUUGACCAUUUCAAAAACUGUACCACAAUCAAUGGAGAUCUCACAUUUCUGCAUGUUUCAUUUUAUGGAGAUGACUACACGAAAACACCUUCUUUGGAACAUAAGCAGUUGGAAAUUUUUAAAACGGUUAAGGAAAUCACAGGGUUUUUGUCAGUCCAAGUCUGGCCUGGGAAUAUCACCGAUUUAAGUGUGUUUGAAAAUCUGGAGAUUAUAAGAGGCAGAACAAAACAAAUGGGCCAGUAUGCUCUAAGUAUUGCUAAUCUGAAUGUAAGUUCACUGGGACUGCGCUCUCUCAGGGAAAUAAGUGAUGGAGAUGUUGCCAUUUUGAAAAACUACCAGCUCUGCUAUGCUAACACAGUUGACUGGAACACACUUUUUGUAACUGAGAAGCAGAAAACAAAAAUCGACAGAAACAAAAAUCAAACUCUAUGUGCUGCUGCAAAACAAGUUUGUCAUCCCUUCUGCUCAGAUGUAGGCUGCUGGGGUCCAGGACCAUCCCAGUGCUUUUCUUGCAGAUACUUUCGUCGUCAAUGGGAGUGUGUAAAAGAGUGCAACAUUUUGCAUGGGGAGCCUCGGGAGUUUCUAAGACAUUCAGAGUGUUUCCCCUGCCAUUCAGAAUGCCUGGUGCAAAAUUCAACUCAAUCCAUUUUAACUUGCAAAGGCCCUGGUCCAGACAACUGCACAAAGUGUGCCCAUGCAAUGGAUGGUCCUCAUUGUGUUAAGUCUUGCCCUGCUGGCAUUGCAGGUGAAAAUGAUACCUUAAUCUGGAAAUAUGCAGAUGAAAAUUCAAUGUGUCAUUUGUGUCAUCCUGGUUGUAUUCAUGGUUGUAAAGGACCAGGACUUGAAGGUUGUCCUAAUGGCUCCAAAGUCCCAUCUAUUGCGGCUGGAGUUGUUGGAAGCAUCCUUGGCUUAGUUGUGCUAGCACUGGGCAUUGGUCUCUAUGUGCGCAGGCGUAGCAUCGUCAGGAAGCGUACUUUGCGCAGAUUGCUACAAGAACGAGAGCUCGUUGAGCCCUUGACACCCAGUGGAGAGGCUCCAAACCAAGCACUUCUAAGAAUUCUAAAGGAAACAGAAUUUAAGAAGGUCAAAGUUCUUGGCUCUGGAGCAUUCGGCACUGUUUACAAGGGGCUCUGGAUUCCAGAAGGAGAAAGCGUUAAAAUUCCUGUGGCUAUUAAGGAAUUGAGAGAAGCCACAUCUCCCAAAGCCAACAAAGAAAUUCUCGAUGAAGCAUAUGUAAUGGCAAGUGUUGACAACCCCCAUGUGUGCCGUCUGUUGGGAAUUUGCCUCACGUCCACCGUCCAGCUUAUCACCCAGCUUAUGCCUUAUGGCUGCCUUCUUGACUACGUUCGCGAGCAUAAGGAUAACAUUGGAUCCCAGUAUCUUCUUAAUUGGUGUGUGCAGAUUGCCAAGGGGAUGAAUUAUUUGGAGGAGCGUCGCUUGGUACACCGUGAUUUGGCUGCCAGGAAUGUCCUUGUCAAGACUCCUCAGCAUGUGAAGAUAACGGACUUUGGAUUGGCCAAAUUGCUGGGUGCAGAAGAGAAGGAGUACCACGCAGAAGGAGGAAAAGUUCCUAUUAAAUGGAUGGCUCUGGAAUCUAUUCUGCACCGCAUUUAUACCCACCAAAGUGAUGUCUGGAGUUAUGGUGUCACAGUUUGGGAAUUAAUGACAUUUGGAUCAAAACCAUAUGAUGGCAUCCCAGCCAGUGAAAUUUCAUCUGUCUUGGAGAAAGGAGAACGAUUGCCUCAACCUCCCAUUUGUACAAUUGAUGUCUACAUGAUCAUGGUCAAAUGCUGGAUGAUAGAUGCAGACAGCCGUCCCAAAUUUCGGGAACUGAUGUCAGAAUUCUCCAAAAUGGCUCGGGACCCCCAGCGCUAUUUGGUUAUACAGGGAGAUGAAAGAAUGCACUUACCAAGCCCAACAGACUCGAAAUUUUACCGGAGCCUGAUGGAAGAAGAGGACAUGGAGGACAUUGUGGAUGCAGAUGAAUACCUCAUUCCGCAUCAGGGAUUUUUCAGCAGCCCAUCAAAUUCACGGACACCUCUCUUAAAUUUACUGAGCACUACUAGCAAUAAUUCUACGGUUGUCACCUGCACUGACAGAAAUGAGGGACUUCCAAUGAGAGAAGACAGCUUUAUCCAGCGGUACAGUUCGGACCCAACUGUAGUUUCCCUAAAUGAUAGCCUGGAUGAUAGUUUUCUGCCUGCCCCAGAAUACAUGAACCAGCAAGUGUCCAAAAAACUACCUGCUUCUGCCAUGCAAAAUCCAGUCUACAACAGUUCCUCCCUUCCCACUGAUCCGAACCCAGUGGCUGAUUCAAACCACCAGAAUUCCCAUAACACAGCACUGGAUAACCCAGAAUAUCUCAACACAAGCCUCUCCCCUUUUGCUAGCACAUUUCUCAACAGUUACCCCUACUGGGACCAGCCAGCCAACCAUCAAAUAAAUCUGGACAAUCCGGAUUAUCAACAAGACUUCUUGCCCAGGGAGACCAAAUCUAAUGGCAUCUCUAAACUUCCUGCCACUGAGAAUCCAGAAUACCUAAGGGUAGCACCACCAAAAAGUGAAUACAUUGAAGCCUCAGCAUGA